CACUGGGAUCAUCAAUGUCGUAUAUAUUUUCACAGCGGGAGAGAGAGAGAGAUUCAGGGUAGGUUUGCGGAGUAGUAAUGGAGGGCGGGCUACUGCAGGGACCAUACGACGCCACAGUGCAGCUGAUGCUAGCUUCAUUGGAGCGCAAUCUGCUACCGGACGCUGUAAUCCGGAGGCUCACACGGCUGCUCUUGGCCGGCCGCCUUCGCUCCGAAUACAAGCCAUCUUCUGAGCUCCAACUCUCCCACCUCCUCCAAUUCGUGCAUUCUCUAAGAGAGAUGCCCAUAGCUAUCAAGACUGAUGAGCCAAAGGCUCAACAUUAUGAACUACCAACCUCCUUCUUCGAGUUGGUCCUUGGAAAGAAUCUUAAAUAUAGUUGUUGCUACUUCUCUGACAAGUCAAAAACUCUGGAGGAUGCUGAAGAAGCAAUGCUGGAACUCUACUGUGAGAGGUCACAGUUAAAAGAUGGUCACGCUGUUCUUGAUGUUGGAUGUGGCUGGGGUUCACUCUCUUUAUACAUCGCAAAUAAGUAUAGAAACUGCAAGGUUACAGGGAUUUGUAAUUCAACAACCCAGAAAGCAUUUAUUGAGAAGCAGUGUGGGGAUCUUCAGCUGCAAAAUUUGGAGAUCAUUGUUGCAGAUAUUAGCACAUUUGAAAUGGAAACUUCCUAUGACCGAAUAUUUUCCAUCGAGAUGUUUGAGCAUAUGAAGAAUUAUAAGGAUCUUCUGAAGAAGAUAUCCAAGUGGAUGAAACAGGACAGCCUUCUCUUUGUUCACCAUUUUUGCCACAAAGCAUUUGCCUACCACUUUGAGGACAUAAAUGAAGAUGACUGGAUUACUAGAUACUUCUUUACUGGAGGAACAAUGCCUUCAGCAAAUCUGCUUCUUUAUUUUCAGGACGAUGUGUCUGUUGUUGAUCAUUGGCUUGUGAAUGGGAAUCACUAUGCACAGACAAGUGAAGAGUGGCUUAAAAGAAUGGAUAAGAACUCAACUUCCAUAAAGCCGAUAAUGGAAUCAACAUACGGCAAGGAUUCUGCUGUCAAGUGGACUGUCUACUGGAGAACAUUCUUCAUUGCUGUCGCAGAACUCUUUGGGUACAAUAAUGGAGAAGAAUGGAUGGUUGCACUUUACUUAUUCAAAAAGAAGUAAAAAACCAGAAGCCAAAGCUCCUUAGUUCUUCCAGUUGAUUUACUACUCCGAAUCACUGUUUGCCUAGUGCUCAAACUUGGCAACUGACGCCACAAAUAAAAAAUAAAAAACCACUUUUCUCGCAAUUGUUCUGAUUAUGUAUGACUUGCUUUACGCGAAAAUAAAGAGACUAGUGCAUGUUUGGAUUGCGGUCGGAAAUAUAGUUUAUAAUUUUAAA